AUAGCGCAAUUAUUGAAUCUGACCUAUAUUUUGUACAUAAUAAUAUACUGUUGAAUGUAUCGGACUCGAAGAUAAGAAGAUUAUAUUUACUCAAGAUGGACGAUAAAACGACCGGAAAAAAACUACACGUCAACAAAAAUGCCGUAAUUAGGAAAAACUAUGACCUCCGUUGGCUCAAAAUAUCUGUGUCAUCUUUCAAUGACGAUUGCGUUUCAUUGUUUAAAUUCAUGGUCUUCGUUAUUGAUAAAUUUCCAAUACAUCUUGUACUGUUCCGUCGAGAUAGAAAUUUGCAAUGUUAUGUACUUUUCAAAAUACCAAAUUAUUUGAUUAAAGUAAAGCAUUUAUUUAAACGGUGUGUAGAUUUUAAUACCCUUAUUGAAUGGAAACAGUUAAUGGUAUGGGAAAGGAAGGACAGUUCAUUUAAUAUAUUAACAGAGAAUGCUGAUACAUAUAAGCUAUUUCGCAAUGUCAGCGAACUGCUACGAAGAGAUACGCAUUCAGAUACAUCAGAACCAACAAUUCUACUACAGUACACAAACAUGAUUGGCUUCCAUGUCAUAUGUGAUCCAAAGUCACCCUUUGGCCCAAAUGCAUGGCCAAAAGGAGACAUUGCAAGAAAAGUAAUAUCCAUCAAGAACAAAAACAAAACGGGGAUCAUAUUGGUGAAACACAAUCGGCACACAUCCCCGACAAAUGUACGACCUGUUAUUAGAUUGGAGUCGCAAUUUGUGGCACCAGCUUUCAAGACUGAAACUUUUACUUUUCAUACUCAACCGCAAGUAAAUGAUCAAUUUGGAGAAUUGUUGUUGUCGUGUGGACGAUCAAGGAAGUGGACUGGCAAAUGUUUUGUAAUUACUGGCCCCGUUGAAAAGGAAUUUCAAUUGUAUUUAACAAAAGCGAAUUUUGACAAACUGUUUCCUGUAAAUAACAUUUCCAGUACCCGAGAAGCGUUGAUAAUGUUGUCAGCUGUGAAAGCAGUUUAUGAAGGACAAAUACCACUUGAAGACUCCUCUCAAAGAUUGCAAGGCAAAACUUGGUAUCAGGAAAACAACACUAAACAGCGUAGACCACGAUAUUCACUGUACACUUCAAAUGCGGCUAGGUACGAUACAUUCCUUCCUCUGUGGCCGCGAAACAGACCGACUCCGCAACAACUAGCAGGGGCUGGUUUCUUCUUUACCAGAACUGAUGACCUUGUCCGAUGUUAUUAUUGUGGAAUCGGUCUAAAAGACUUUUCCGACUACGACGAUCCCCUUGUGGAGCGCAUAAAGAACGCAAGUCAGUGCCCAUUUCUAUUGGAAUAUCUAGGAGAGGCAGAGUUAGCACGGCGAAAAAGGCAGUUAGAGCAAGAAGGUCCAGAAAAUAUUCGACAGAGGCAACUUGCGGAGCUUCGAACCCCGUUAGAUUAUGGCACAUGGACAUGCCGAAAUCCGGCCUACAACACAUACGAAGCUCGGAUGACGUCUUUUAAGAACUGGCCUGAACAUUUCUACCAACGGCCGCACCAACUAGCAGAAGCCGGCCUGUAUUACACUGGUAUAGACGACCACGUGCGUUGUUUUGCCUGUGAUGGAGGACUGAGGCGCUGGGAUCCAGAAGAUGAUCCUUGGAUAGAACACUGCAGAUGGUUCCCGACAUGUCAUUUUGCGCGGGAACAGAAAGGAGACGAAUUUAUUGCUCUUGUGCAAGCGUCAACAGAUGCAGAAGAAACAAGUGAAGCCUACGUGGGUAACCGACGAAGUGAAUUAACGAAUAUAAAGUCCAGAACGGAGACACAAGCGAAAUUUAGUCGGGAGGUUGAGGAGCAUAGAUCAGCGUGCACUGAUGAACUUGGGUUCACAGACAAACAAUUCAAUGAUGCUGUCCAACAACUAUUUGGCAGAGGUAAUGUUCGACCUAGCAUUGAAGAUAUUGUUGCGUGCGUGGGAGAAGAAGAAGCAAAAAAUGGCAAUAUAUCAAUAUCUCAAGGCCAUACGUCUGUCCAAACACCAGAAGACAUGCUGGAAGAAAAUGUGAAACUCAAACUUAUGUUAAAGUGCAGCAAAUGUAGAACAAACCAGGUGGACGCCCUUUUCCUACCCUGUGCACAUCAUAGGAUGUGUGUGCAGUGUGCCAAAGAUGUACAAUUAUGCCCCAUUUGUGAUAGACCUGUUCUAGAGAUACUAAGAACGUUUAUGUGAAAUAAUGUCUGCCCCACACAUGCUCGUAUAUGUUAAUGGUAUAUAUAGGUAAUGUUCAAUGUUUGUGUUUCAGAAACUUGUUGAAUCAUUCAUAAACUGCACUCUCACAGAUUUACCGUUUUUACAACUUUUUUUAUAUUUUGUCUUGGAAUGAGCAAAUGUUUGCGUAAAUAUCUGCAAACCAGUGAUAAAACACAGCUGACAAAAGAUCAGAUCACAGAUUUUCAUAGUUCCGUUCGAAAAUUAAUGUGUUAUGACUAAAAGCAUUACUAACGGUUUAAGAAAAAUGCCUAAAACAUCAAUAUUUGAACUUAAAUAUAAAAAAAUGCGAUCUGGUUUUUUUGUCAGCAGUCUUUUAUGAAUGGUUUACAUGCAUUUUCGCAUAAAUUGGCUCGUUCCAAGACAAAAUAAAAAGUUGUCAAACAGUUCAAUCUUUGAGAGUGCAGCUUUAAUGAAACUUCAUGGAAUCACGUGUCUCUAUUCAACUGAUUUACAUUCUACAUCAGCGCAUAAAAUAAUGCAUCCAUUUCUGCAAUUAUAUUUAUAUAUUAGCGGUCAUCGGCACCUACUAGUUAUCAAUAGGAAGCAAAUUUUACUGGAUUUAGAAACCAAUUACAUUUCCCAAGCCAGACACAGGCCAUAAUUUCUUCUAACCCGCCGACGUGUUCAAUAAUAAAUUAAGAGCGCUAUACUUUGUUUAGUUUGUGCAUUAUAUCACGGUUAUGUAAAUAUACAAUGCAUUCUGAUACUGAAUAAAUAAUAUAUUGCA